CCUACAGCUAACCAGCAGGCCAUUUUGAAGAAUAUCGGCAUCAAAUUACUGAGGUCAUCAUUUGACUGCGCAUACCAGGGCCUUGCAAGUGGCGACCUCGACCACGACGCGUGGGCAGUUAGGUACAUCGUGGAGAAGGAUAUGCUUGUGUGUCAG